AGUUGGGUGUGAAGAUGGCGGACGAAGAGGCCGAACAAAACCUCAGCGCACAGACCGAUACCAGUGCAACGAUUGGGGCACUCCGAGAGAAAUUGCUAAAAUUAGCAAUUGCGCUGAAGAACAGUACGGACUCUCCGGCUCAGUCGUCUACUCAGUAUUGCCAACACUUUUGCCAGACUCUGGUGGAGUAUGCUGGUCGAUGGAGGAUGGAGGAGGAGCCCCUGCCCCUGGUGGAGGUGUAUACAGUGGCCCUGCUGAGCUAUGCCCAGGCCUCCCCCUGCCUCUCCUCCCAGUGUGAAAACGUCCCCCUUGUACUUGAACGUCUCUCACUGAGCUGUGUAGAGCUGCUGCUCUCCCUGCCAGAACAUUUCCCAGAUGCCUUGUGGGAAGAGUUCAAGUCAUCUGUUCAGUCAGCCCACUCCCAGCUGAAGGAGAAUGGCAUCACACAGCUGGCCCUCCUGUCUGCCGUGGCCCAGGAGACUGGUGUGUGGACCAACAGCACCCUGCACAGUCUCCUCUCUAACGAGUCGCCACAAACAGAGGAGGUUCACAAGUUCCUUCAACUGGAGGGACCCAUUCUUCUGGAGAUGAGAGUAAAGCACCUUAUCAAGGAGAACCACAUGGAGAGGGCUGCACUGCUGGCAAGGGCUUGUGCAGAGUGUCCUGAGUUUGAAGGAAAAGGGCACUUUAAGCAGAUGUACCUGGUCUGCCUGUGCUCUGCCUCAGCACAGGAACCACUAAUGGAGGAGCUCUCCAAGGUUGAUUGCCGUGAUGCACUAGAAAUGAUCUGUAACCUGGAGUCGGAAGGGGAUGAGAGGGGAGCCUUCAGCCUAUGCUCUGCCUUUCUAACACGUCAGCUUCUCCAAGGAGACACUUACUGUGCCUGGGAGCUGACACUGUUUUGGAGCAAACUGCUGAAGCGGAUGGAGUCAUCUGUAGAGACGUUCCUGGACAGAUGUCGUCAGAUGUCUUUGCUGUCCACAACCGUCUUCCACAUCCUCUUCUUCAUCAAAGUCAUUCAAUCAGAGGUGGACAAGGUUGGACUGCCAGUGUGCGUUGACAUGUGCAUACGGGCUCUACAGUUGGAAUCAAGUGAUGGAAACACCAAGGCCACCAUUUGCAAAACCAUCUCCUGUUUGCUGCCCACUGAUCUGGAGAUAAAGCGGGCCUGCCAGCUGACACAGUUCCUGCUGGAACCCACGGUGGACUCUUACUAUGCCGUGGAGACUCUGUACAACGAGCCAGACCAGAAGCUGGAGGAGGAGAGUCUUCCUGUGCCCAACUCGCUCCGCUGUGAGCUCCUGCUGGUGUUCAAGACCCAGUGGCCUUUUGACCCUGAGUUCUGGGACUGGAAGACACUGAAGCGUCACUGCCUGACCCUUAUGGGCGAGGAGGCCUCCAUUGUGUCGUCCAUUGACUUACUGAAUGACAAUGAGAUCCCAGAGACCCCUGAGGAGGAGGACGACACAGCCCAGGGUGAGGAAGUGUUCAGAGACGUCACAGACUACUUCAUGGACACCACACAUGAACUGAAUGAAAUAACCGAUAAAAGACAGAAAAUCAGAGAGACAAAGAAACUGAGAGAGAAAGGGUUCAUCUCUGCCAGGUUUCGAAACUGGCAGGCAUAUAUGCAGUACUGUGUUCUGUGUGACAAGGAGUUUCUGGGACACAGGAUUGUACGUCAUGCACAGACUCACUACAAAGGUGGACUUUAUAGCUGCCCGAUAUGCGCUGAGACGUUCACCUCAAAAGACACAUUGGAACCACACGUGGCAUCACAUGUAAAGCUAUCAUGCAAGGAAAGAUUAGCUGCAAUUAAAACAAAUAAAAAAUUGGCUAAUCCCAAAACAGCUGCUCCUGUUAUUGCAGCUCUGAAAGCUAAGACUGAAAAUCUACUUUGGACAAAAGAUGCAAACAGCGAUUCCCAAGAACACAAUUGCGAGUCGCUUCAGACAGAAUCAAUUCAGACCAAAGUCUCUGGACUUAUGACAGAAAGCAGCACUGAGGAAAACACAUGCCCUGUCGCAAACUGCAAAAAGGGAUUCAAGUAUUUCCGAAAUCUUCUUGUCCAUGUGAAAGCACAUGGAAAUAACGAUGAAGCAAAGCGCUUCCUUGAAAUGCAGAACAAAAAGGUGAUUUGUCAGUAUUGUCGUCGCCAGUUUGUUAAUGUCACCCACCUUAACGAUCAUUUGCAAGUGCACUGUGGUGUCAGACCUUACAUUUGCAUACAGUUAAACUGCAAGGCCAGCUUUCUCUCCAACACAGAGCUGCUUGUACACAGAAAAGAACAUGUCAUAUUUAAAGCCAGAUGCAUGUUUCCUAGAUGUGGUAAGAUUUUCAAUGAAGCCUACAAGCUUUACGACCAUGAGUCACAGCAUUACAAAACGUUCACCUGCAAAGUCCCUAACUGUGGUAAAGUGUUCCAUUCUCAGUCACAGUUGGAUCUGCACCAGGAGGAACAUGUCGCAAAAGUGGAGGAAUACUCAGCUACAGACUCUGACCUUUCUCAUUUUCUGGACCAGAGGAUGCUUUCUGAUCAGGCUUCCUUCUCAGAGGAUGUUGAGGCUUCUCAUCCACCAGCAUCUGUUGAGGUGAAGCACUCGAUUGACAACCUGCUGAAUGCUUCUCAAGGUCCUGUUCAGAAUGAUCGACGAUACAUUAUUCAAAGUGAGCCACCAGUAAAAGAACUGUACCCAUGUUCAGAAAGCUCUGUUAUUCGGUCUACCACAAAUGCACAAACACAUGACCCAAAUCAGCUGAGACAUAGACCCCAAGACCCCUCAGAGACUGCUGCAUAUGACUAUAUGAGACCCACACCACAUAAUCCUCCAUUAGCUUCAUACCAAUAUCCUGGGGAUUUGCAUCAUUCCCAACAACCAAGUGUGUUUCAAGGUCAGGUCCAGAGUUUUCUCAAAGGUGGAAAUUAUGAAUCCAGGAACUACAAUUCUGACUACCAAGUACCAGUGCAAGAACUACAACAACCACACAUGUCUGUUAACAACAUGUCAGCAGCAAGCCAGACCUCCCAUUACAUGUCAACUCCAAUGCCUCAAAUUCUCCCAUCUGUCUCUCACACACUUCUUCCACUAGUAACUCGUUUGCCAGCCAUUGGUUGCAGAACAGAGAAUACACGGUGCCCGUUACCUAGCACUCCUGCCCCACAGCAACACCCAUUACCAACUACUCCUGCCCCACAGCAACACCCAUUACCAACUACUCCUGCCCCACAGCAACACCCAUUACCAACUACUCCUGCCCCACAGCAACACCCAUUACCAACUACUCCUGCCCCACCCCAAGGAGAGAAAGAGAGACACCACUGUGCUUUGGAGACAUGCGAUCGCAACUACAGCUCCUAUAGAAGUGUUACCAAGCAUAUGAAAGCAGCUCACCCAGAGUUUUAUACAGAAUGGAAACUUGUUAAGAGAAAAACAAGGGAACAUGAAAAAGCAAGGAAAGCUGCCCCGUCAAGUGUGCCUCUGAUUGGGAACCGUAACUCUGUUGCUCCACUACAACAUCAACAGGCUAAUGGUGUCCCAGUUCACAGCCACAAUGUCAUUCAGCCACCCCCAUACCCAAACUCAAACCAGUCUUACACUUCCCAUUCAGCUGCUGUCCAAAGCCAGGCUUUCCCCAACCAAAUGGACAAUAUACUAGAUCCCAUUGUACUCUCCCAGCUAGAGAACAAUCCCAAUCAAUAUCCACCACCUAGUAUGCCAUGGCAACAAACACCAGGAAACAACCAAAACCAGAAUUGUUAUCACUCACAAGUAUAUCCCUCCUCAAACCUGCAAGGGAUGCCACAAAUGGAUGCUGUUGGUGGAGGAAUGGAUGUUCAUGUUAUUCCAUCCCGUCAUAUGAUACGACCUAAUAUGGAAAGGCCAGCAGAGUCACUGCUACCAACAACUAUGGAUAAUGUUCUUCAGCCUGUUUUCCCCUCUUAUGUGGACAUUCUGAAAGACUCAAGUCUCUCAAAUCAGCUGGGAAAUGCUGCACUUCCCUACACACCGCAGACUCAAAGUAAUUCAUGUUCUAAUUUCAAUUCCCCUGAAAGGAGUAGAGGAAUGCAGAAAACCAACAUGGAAUCGCAUGUCCUUGCCGGAAACAAAUUGCUAGCAAGAAACAACAGUGAAUCUCAAGAUGGCACCAAAAACUCUGAAAAAAAUCAGAUGGGCAAAAAAGUCAAGCGUAACAAAAGAACAAAGUGGCCUGCCAUUGUUAAAGAUGGAAAGUUCAUUUGCUCUAGGUGUGGUAGAGAAUUUACAAAUCCCAAAUCACUUGGAGGCCAUUUGUCCAAGCGUUUACACUGCAAAGCCUAUGACACUGACCUCCUGACAACAGACUUACCUUCAUCAUUUCUUGAUCUUCUCAAUUCAGAGCAACUUCUCAAUACUCAGCCCCCAUCAUCUUCACUGUAUAACCCUGCUGCACCGUAUGCAAAUGACAGCCAACAACCUGAUGAGAUUCUUAAACAAAUUAUGGAUACUCCAAAUAUUCCCAAUAUGUUUGAGCCCUCAGCGAUUCCCCAGCCAACGUUCCAAAAUCCUUAUGGCCCCUAUGGACCUGGUGGACGCUUGCCAGAAAGCACAGUCAUACAGCACACAGGAAAUAUCCAAGUGAAGACAGAAAAUGAAUCGUAUACUGAUGGAUAUCCUCAGCAGUCAUGUGACCCUGGGUUUGGCAGUAGUGCAUUCUAUGAGCCACUUAUCACUCAGGUGCUUGCAGAAACCAACCCUACCGUCUCACUUCACAGACUUCCCACAGACCAUAUUGAUAAUUUACUCAGAGCAGAAACACUGAUGAAGAUGAAAGAAGUGAAGGGGAAUUCUGAUUCUGCCUCCAAUUCGGGAGGGUUGUCUAAUGAUGGACUUCUGGCUGCAAUGGCCAGUUUGGCACAAAACCUUAUGACAAACCCCAUGUUGCAGAUCACUUCACCAGACCCUCAGCCUCAUAACAGUCCAGCAGCAACAAGUAGCAAACCGGUGGAGACACGGAGGAAGAGUACGGAACAUAAUGUCAAGAAAAGGUUGCGUGAACAGAUUUUAGCUGGAGACUUCCAAAGAAGAAGCGGUUUAUCUCGGACAAGCAGCACUGAAACACAUGCCAGUUUGAAUCCGUUGUCAUCCAAUCCAACAACAAAUGUUGUACAACAUUUUGGAGUACGUCAAAGUCCUCAGCCUUCCAAGAUGAUUGAUCACGGAAUCCCCUCUGUAUCAUCUGCCCAAAUGAACGGAGCAGCCCCCAUGAAGAGUUUUACUCAUUUCAGAGAGGCUUCCUCUCAACACCACGAGGCACCUGCACCUACCAACAUUUUUGCAAACGAUGUUGAUCUUGGUCCUAAUCUAACACCUGCAAACCAACAACACUGGAUGAUGGACAUUCAGACUGCAUUAGAGAGGCUAGACUUAGACAAACAACAGGUGUGUGAUUCUGCUCCAACAUAUUCCUCCACAAAACCUAGCUGCACUGAUAUUUCCAAUGAUACUGAAUCAUUCCAGCCUAAUGUCUCAACAGAGAAGGAUACACAUAUUCCUGAUGGCUGUAGAAAGCUGUUUGCCUGUGAGAGUGACAACUGCACAUACAGGGCCAUGACAAAAGAUGCCAUUUUAAAACAUCUCAUCAAGACUCACAAGUACACUAAUGAGAUGAUCAAUUCGAUGAAGAAAAACCAUGGGAAAUUUGCCCCAUUCUCUUGUCAAAUGUGUGAUAAAACCUUUACCCGAAAUUCAAACCUUAAGGCACACUGUCAGACAGCUCACAGAUUGACACAGCAGGAGAUUGCAGAACUAAUCAUGAAGCGCAAGUCAAGUAACACGGUUGGAUUUGCUAAUAACGAAGACAAACCAAGUGUGCAUUCAGAGCCUCCUUUGUCUGGUCAGAUUGCCACAGCGCCCCACUCAAUAAUGGAGAAUAUUAGACGUCAAAAUUCACUCCCGGAUGUGAGCCAAAAUCAAGAUGUGACUGUAAAAAAGUUGUUUACUUCAGGAGCAAGGAUAAAACAAGACUACCACCCACAGCCUUUCAAACAGCAGACUUCUCAAGGCAUAGCUGACCCGAGAUAUCAGGAUAAUAGCCUCUCCGUGGGAAUGCAACCAAUGCAAAGGAUACCCAUGCAUGAUCAGACUCCAUUAAUGCUAAUGUCUGAAUAUCAAAUGAACGCACACUGCUCGACAAUACCCCAACAGCCCUUAAUGACCGCUCCUGAUGCAGAUCAAUGGUCAAACGGACAACACAUACCAGUUCCAUCUAGGCCUAUGCCUACUCAUUUCAGUCAACAAUCUGAAGGCUAUCUGGCAGAAAGAGCUGAUUCAAUGACACCGGCUCCAUCAGAUCCCCUUCAGGUUUGUGCUCCCUUGCUAGAAAAGACACCCAAAAUCAAGCAGCAGAGAGGACCAAAGCCUAAAGUAGAAAAGCCUAAAGUAGAAAUUCCCAAGAAGACGAAAGAGAAGAAGUCUGAGGCAAAUGAUUCUUUCAGUCCAUACAGGCCAUAUCGCUGUGUUCAUCAAGGAUGUGCAGCAGCCUUUACAAUUCAGCAUAAUUUAAUCCUCCAUUACAGGGCUGUCCAUCAGUCUGCUCUGUCCACAUGUGAAAUGAACAAUGAGAAUGAUCAAAAUGAGGAACAGGAUGAGAAAAAGGACAUCAAGCAGGAGGGGGUUACAGAGGAGGAACCAGAGGUUGACGUAAACGAGGUAACAGAAUUCAGAUGUCAAGUGAGCGACUGCUCCAGAGUAUUCCAAGAUGUUCCGAACAUGUUGCAGCAUUACCUCCAGCUUCACAAGUUCAGCCUGGAUAAAGCAGGAUCUCUAAUGUCCAACAUCAACCUAGGCAGAUUCCGUUGUGAUCAGCAAGGGUGCACAGCAUCCUUCAUUGCUUUCUGGAAGUACAUCGGACAUAUUGAAAAAGAACAUGACAAGGCAAAACUCGCCAAAAUGGAACCUGUGGAUGGGAUGUUCCAAUGUGAUGUCGAAGGCUGUGACCGUGCUUACGCUACAAAGUCAAACCUGCUGAGGCACACCAUGAAAAAGCAUCAUGAUCUUUACAAACUCCAACUGAUGAACCAACGGAAAAGUGAAGAUUGUGAGAAACCUGACUCCAAGAAUUCACAUUACCAAAUAACUAAAUCAAGCGAUGGGAAAGAAAACAUAGAGAGCAACAAAAAGAUUACACAAAAGGGAGGUGACAAAAAGAAAACUGACAAAACAGAGACAAAUAAUUGGACGAAAUAUGGAAAACCCUCCUUGAAAACUAAGGAUGAAGCGUCUGCAAUGUGCAUAAAGAAAUGCAAGUUGCAAUACCCCUGCAUGAUAAAGGGCUGUGAUUCAGUGAUGAAGUCCGAACGGAGCAUCAUGAAGCACUACAUGGGGCACGGACUGUCCGAGCGAUACUUAGAAGAGCAGAGAAGCCACUUCAUAUUCUGCAAGAAAUACCCAAGACGUAGAAACCUCCGCACUGCCAGGAGCGAUGACUCUAAGUCUGAGACCUCCUCAGACAUAUCCGACAGUGAGGACACAGCAGACACAGGCUUAGAAGGAAGUGAGUUUGACGAGUAUUCAAAACCUGUGUUACGGAGAAAGGGGAAGGGCGAACUGUCUGACACCAAACCUUCUUACGAUGAAAGUUCAGAAACUGCAUCUGAUGGCUCUGUGGUGGUGAAACGUAAGAGAGGAAGUCCACGGAAAAGUGUUUUUGAAAAAAUUGUAAAAAGCAAGAGGCUGACAAGGAGUAAUGCGGUUUACUGUGGAGAAAAUGGAUCCGACUAUGACUCCUCUAGUACUACCCUUACCCAGGAUGAAAUUAACGAUCAAAGUGAAACAUUGACCUCCUUUAAGCCCAUGGGAUUUGAGGUGUCUUUCUUAAAGUUCUUGGAGCAAUCAAGCCCAUCUAAAAAUAUUUUGAAGAAGAGGAUUCGACUGAGAAACGCUACAGUGUUGUGCAAAAGAUCAGACACAUACUUGCACUACCCAAAAGGCUUUGAUACCCUUGAGUUCAGGAACCCUCAGAAGCUGACGUCACUUAAAAAUGUAAAAAUUGUAGUGGACAAAGCCUUUUCGGAUGUUGCUGAUACUCUGCUGAAGCAGCUCCAGGAAAUGCGACCCACAGUAAUAUUAGAGAAAUAGAUUCAGAUUAGUAUUUAAGUGACUGGCUAAAUGUUUUUCUUAUCAAAACGCCGUAACUCAGGAUUAGAACGGUUUUCAACCUGCUGCAGAAUGUUGCCCAAAACAAUAAUACUUUUCAUUUUGUUUUUUUCACUGCAAAAUAUAAAUCCAUAGUUUUUCAGUGGACUAUGUGAAAGUUGUUUUAAAAUGAUACAUUGUUAUUUACUGUAACCUUGAGUCUGUAAAAAUACUGUGUCUCUAUUAUAUAUUGAGCUCAUUUUAUAUUAUAUGUAUUAUUGGUAGGAAAAAUUAAGCAUGUUUGUAUUUAUGAAUAUUCCCAGCACAUUGCCUUUGCAAACUAAAUUUUAAAUUGAGGGGGAGAAACGGGACAAAAUGUAAUGUGAUAAGUAUCCCCAUGAGACAUUUAAUGAAAUUGUCCUUUAAACAAACGGAAUGUGAUGUGUAUAGUUUGUGAAUGUUGUUGUUUCCAUAUGCCUUGUAAAUGUUAAUUUGUACGUAGACAAUGUUGUGUGUAAAUAUUGUUUUUUCAAUGAACUACUGCCACCAGCAGUCUAACUUAAUUGAGAUAAACAAUUUUGUUACAGA